ACUUUGGCUUUGCGCACAGGAAGAUCGAUUGUAGAGAAACGUAACAGCAUUUCUUCGUAAAAUUUACCUUUGAAUAACACCAUGUAGGGCAUUUCUAGAUUGAAUGAAUUUAUUUCCAAUCGCUUUUUAUUCCAACACCAUGCCGUAGCACGGGACAACCGGAUAAUUGACAGGAGUUCGUAAGGCUCCGCCCGCUUUCCUGCUGACAUCCCUUGCUUAUCGCGGGAGCAGUUGCGCGCGCUAAGAAGAGCCGACUCUUCGCACUACGGAGGUCUUCUUCUACGCGCAAAAAAAAGCCGCGGGGCUGCCAGCGGCACCGCGGAGCGGGAGAGAAAUACCAGACGGCGGCAGCCCGGGUUUAUCGUGGAACAAAGAAACACGCUAAAGUCUGUGGUUUACCUCGCUAUCUACGUUUCGACGACAACACAACAAGCGACAAAAACGAACCCUCCCCCCCAGCAAGAAGCCAGAGCAGCGACAAAAAAAGAUGUCGGGCGCCUCCGCGGUCUUUCUCCUCGACCUGAAGGGGAAGGUGAUUAUUUCCCGGAACUACCGGGGUGAGGUCCCGAUGACGAUAACCGAACGAUUUGUCCGCUUAGUAAUAGACGAGGAGUCCAGUCAAGUGAAGCCUGUGUUUUGCGAGGACGGGGUGAAUUUUGUGUGGAUAAGAUACAACAACCUCUACUUCUUGGCUACCUCGCAACGAAACGCCAACGCACUCAUGCUGCUGAGGUAAUCACGGGUUUUUCUUUUUUCUUUUUGUGUACUGGACUGAUCGAUUGGGCUUGCUGCGCUUGAACAAGUACUAUGAUGAUCAUGAUGUUUCUUCUAGGAGGUUCGUCUAAUCAGAUUCAAGUCACUAUGAAUAAAAAACAGCUACCUCUACAAGCUCGCGGAAGUGCUGAAGGAUUAUUUUCGGGAGCUGGAGGAAGAGUCGAUUCGGGACAAUUUCGUAAUAACGUACGAAUUGUUGGACGAACUCAUGGACAACGGCUACCCGCAAACGACAGAAGUGAAAAUCCUCCGAGAAUACAUCAAGACAAAAUCACACCAACUCACCAGCAGCAGCACACAGGUAUAAAUCUUUCAGUACUAGAACAGAUCAAAUAUUUUGUCGUAUCAUGCCAAAUGAUAUAUGCAUGGUUUAGCCCGCUUAUCGCGCAGAUGCAGCUUCAAAAGAUUGGAUGUACACCAAGAAAUAAUUGUCCAUCCAGCUUGACGUAGUGAAUUACGAGAAAAGAAAACAUCUUCACAAAAUCGUUGUUCGCAGGUGAAGCCCAUCGCCGCCAUUACCAAUGCGGUUUCAUGGCGACCCGAGGGCAUCGUGCACAAGAAGAACGAGAUUUUCCUCGAUGUGGUCGAAAGGCUGAACCUCCUCGUCUCCGCAAACGGCUCCGUUUUGCGGUCGGAGAUUCUCGGCUCCCUGAAGAUGAAGUCUUUCCUCUCGGGUAUGCCGGAGCUAAAGCUCGGGUUGAACGACAAGCUUCUUUUCGAGCAAACCGGGCGGCAAGUAACCAAGGGCAAAUCCGUGGAGAUGGAGGACAUCAAAUUCCACCAGUGCGUCCGCCUAGCGCGGUUCGAGAACGACAGGUAUAGUUAGAUGGUAUGGGCGAAGUUCGUGUGUUGCAUCUUCAUCAAAAGAAACAAAGGAACAUGAACGCGUUGUCGGUUUCUUUUGUCACCGAAUUUUUCAAAAAAAUUUCUUGGGCAAUCAAUAUCCUCGCAGGACCAUAUCCUUCAUUCCCCCGGACGGCGAGUUUGAGCUGAUGAGCUACCGGCUCAACACGCACGUGAAGCCGCUCAUCUGGAUAGAGUCGGCUAUUGACCUCGGCCAGAGCAAGUCACGGAUCGAAUACAUGAUAAGAGCGAAGUCGCAGUUCAAGAGCAGGUACUGGUUAGAAUUACAGACCAAAACUAAAGCGACCUUGCUGGCGGACAGCUGGUCGUGCUGUUUUCACUGCUUGCUUAUUUUUAUGCAUCGAUCAGUGGCCUCCGGCUCCGCCUCGCCCUGCUUUGCAUCAUGCCAUCAAUAUUCUUUGAACUACGUCGAUUUCAUUACAAACCUGACCUGCAGGUCCGUCGCGAAUAAUGUGGAAGUGAUAGUUCCAGUACCCAGCGACGUGGACACGCCAAGCUUCAUAUCCUUUGUAAAAACGUCCCCACCUCCCCGCUGUCAAGUUGGGAAAUCUGCAAGACAAAUCAACAAGCUUUGGCUGCUACGCAUGACAAGUCUGGCCUCCUAGUGUAGUCCUGUUUAGCUAGUUCAGCAGCAUCACAGAGCUAGCAUAUCACUCUGGUCGGAGCAUGACAAAUUCCGAACCACGACUAGGCAAUGCUUCUCAUGGGGCUCCGCAUGAGAGACAUUUUCACCAUGCAGAUUUGCAUGACAAAGACAAUUAUGGGGUGGGGACGUUUUUACACAGGACACUUCAAAACUUCAAUCGGCACGGUGAAAUACUGCCCGGACCAAGACUCGAUUGUCUGGAGUACUUACUGCAAUAAAUUUUCACCUCUUCUACCUUUUGUUGUAAAAAUUUGUUUUCUGCAUGAGCGCGUCCUUGUGAACGAAUAUUGUUGCUGUUGUUCAGCAUGAAAGCGCAAACAAAUUACCCUCCUCGCAAACAAAAAACAAGGUAUCAAGCAGUUUCAGGGCCAGAAGGACUUUAUUAUGACCGCGAAUUUCGGUCUUCCGUCCAUCGGCAGCGACAAUCGUGAAGAGUACGCGAAAAAGCCGAUCAAUGUCAAGUUCGAAAUACCCUACUUCACGGUGUCUGGUGUCACCGUCCGGUAUUUGAAAAUUCUAGAAAAGUCGGGCUAUCAAGCCUUACCCUGGGUACGGUACAUCACCCAAAACGGCGACUACCAGUUGAGAAUGGGGUAAGGGUCUGCUGUCCAACACGACUCGGGUGAGCCAACCGUGACGCAGAAAUUAUUUCAUAUACAACACAGAUUCACAACAUGAACAUAUUCUGUACCCCCAAUAUCUCUGCAGUGUACCACUUGACAAAAUACGUCAGUGUAUCACUCUUAGCUCCCCGCCAACGCGCUUUAAAACCUAAAGCGGUUUGAACUAUUUUUUCUACAGCGACAACGGCAACAAACAGCGUUCUGGACGAUGAGACCUUUUUGGUUGAGGCAUGUCAUAAAACUUCGACAUGCGAUUCAGGCAAAAGAUUUCAAAGAAACAAAGCGCAUCAAAUUUCCUUAUUGCCAGG